UUUCAAUUUUCAUGUGAAUUGUGAAUACUGAAUUGUGAUGAUUUGUUUUGUGUCGUUUGUACAACAUUAGAAUAGUACUUUAUUAGUGUUUCAAUUAAUUAAAACUUCCAAUAUGAUCACAAACUUUGAUAAAUUAUGCUCUGACUUAGAAAAGCAAGAACUAGAGGCACCAAACGGAGUUGCUUCGCCAUCCACAUAUGCCCAGUUAUUAGCUAUUUAUUUGUAUCAAAAUGACUUAUGCAAUGCUAAAUUCUUAUGGAAAAGAAUACCUCAAACUAUCACCAGCAGCAAUCCAGAAUUAACUGCAAUUUGGGCUGUGGGACAGAAACUCUGGAAGAAAAAUCUAGGCGCUACAUAUCUAGCUCUUGCUGCGUACACAUGGACAGAGCCGGUUGCUAAUAUUAUCAGAGCUCUUGAAGAAAAAGUUCGUGAAAGAGCCUUCAAUUUAAUCGGCCGUUCAUACAGCUCCAUAUCAUUGGACACUGUGGUGUUGAUGACAGGCUUAAGUAGAGAGGCAGUCCUCCAGAUAUGUAGAGAACGGAAAUGGGAAAUCCAAGCAGAUGGCAUCACUAUAAAUCCUGCCCCACCCAUUCAGCCGGCUCCAUUACAUACUUCUAGUGAAGACCAGUUAUUCAAGCUGACAGAGUUUGUAUCGUUUUUAGAAAACUAAGUCCUUAUAUCUUUAAGAAAUAAAAUAUUUUUAAGUUUCCGUCAGCACUCUUCAGCAUCUUCUAAUAAAGGUAAUUGAAAUUUAA